AUGGCCAAUUUCAAUACCAAUGAUUAUAAAAAUAUGCUGGCCAGUUUCGAGACUAACGAAUUCAAAUCAUUAUUGGGAGCUUUUGGUCGAAAUAUAUCAGGACGAAAACCUCAAUUAUACCAUCGGGCACUUGAACUAUUAAGAACUAGAUCACCUGGCUUUAACCACGCAGAAUAUGUAUCAAAAAUACAUGAAAUAUAUACUUCCAUGCCAAUAGAAACUUCUAAUAAUAAUGCUACUACGAAUCACAGCUUAUUUCAAACCCAACAGAGACAAAUUAUGGAGCAGAUACAGGGCCAACAACAAAGAAUGUACCAAACUAUCCCACAAUAUCCUCAACAGCCAAUGCAUAUGACCCGAGGUGGAUUACCUCAGGUUAUGCCCCAAAUUCAAAGAGACAUUUAUAGUAAUUCCGUUAGAGCAAAUACUAUAGCUAACAAUAACAUUCAAUAUAUAUCGGGCAGUUAUCAGCCUUCUAGACCUCGUUCUAUUAGGCCAUCUCAUUUGUCCUCAAGUCAACAAAUGAAUGUGGUGUCCCAAGGUCCAUUGGGAAAUGAUAUGCACGGAACGACAGUUGGAAAUAAUUCUCGUACUCCAUCUCAUGAAACUCUUGCCCAUAUCAAGUUCAAAAAGUUACCAUUUUAUGAGGUGAUUGACGUAGUUCUUGAGCCAACUUUUCUAGCUGGCACGGACGGAUGUAGUAUACAAAACUUUCCUAAUGGUAUGAAAGAAUCGCAAUUCAAACUUUUUCUGUCACUCGAGGCCGUCAAUAUAGUUGCCAUGAGUCGUGAUGUUUCUUUGGGGAAAAAUGAUUAUCCCUACCAGUUCCAGAUUCGAAUUAGUCAGUUAGUGGAACCUAUGAGUAAUGAGGUAACAGAUUUUAUGCCUCUUGGACUACACAUUCGGCUUGGUGGGAAAACAUGUUCAUUACCACCUAUGGCUUCUAAUAAUCGUCCAGGAGCUGAAUCCAGACGAUGUCCAAGACCCAUAAAUUGCACUCCACAAGUCAAACUUUCUCCAAUCACUCCCAACUUUUUAAAUAUAAAUUGGACUGAUGCAAAAAAUUACAUUGUGUCUAUGUAUCUUGUAAAAAAAUUAAGUUCAGAAACAUUGAUACAAAGACUUCAAGAUAAAGGAGGUAGGAGUUCAGAAGAAACCAAAAAUUAUAUAAUUGAAAAGUUAGCAGAUGUCGAUCCAGAUUUGGCCACUACAUCUUAUCGAUUUUCCUUGGUGUGUCCAUUGGGUAAAAUUAGAAUGAAGAUACCUGCAAAAUCUAUCCAUUGUGAUCAUUUACAAUGUUUUGAUGCUAGUUCAUUUAUUUUAAUGAAUGAGAAAAAGCCAACAUGGAUGUGCCCAACAUGUAAUAGACCUUGUUUGUACGAUGACUUACAAAUAGAAAAUUAUUUUUUGGAAGUUGUUUCAAGUCCAAAACUCGAAGAAUGCAGUAAGGAAAUUGAAUUUUUAGCUGAUGGCACAUGGAUAGUUUAUGAAGAAAAUAAAGAGACAAAAACCACAAAUAGUACUUUUGAUUCAAAAUUAAAACCUAUUGAUACUGUGAAUUUAGAUAGCGACGAAGAAAAUUCUCUUGAUAUAAAAGUAGAACUUAACCCUGAAACUGUAAAUGAAAACUUAAAGUUUGUGGAUUUGACUUUAAGUGACAAUGAAGAAGAACCACCAAAGGAAAAAUAUAAACAGGAAAAUGAGGCACAGGCCGCUGAUGCUAUACAACCAGUUGCCGUAGUUGAUUUAAAACCACAAGCUCAAGUACAGCCACAACAAGCUGUUACCAGUUCUGAGCAAGGAGUAGUAAAUGAAAUGGACACUCCAUCCCCUCCUUCAAGUCCUAUCACUACAACUUAA